CUCCUGGAUCCUGCGUUCCGGGUGCGCUUUCUGGUGCAACUCGAGUUCCAGGACAAGCGCUCCGUAGUUUCUGCGCUCCAAAUCUGCUACCUGGUGGAACUCGACUUUCAGGUCAAGCGCUCCAUAUUUUCUGCGCUCCAGUUCUGGCUGUCCAGGUUCUUUACCUGGCGACUUUUGACCCAGCGCUGCGUAGUUUCUGCGUUCCAGGUCCACUUCCUGGUGAAACUCAACUUCCAGGACCAGCGCUCCGUGGUUCUGGCUGUCCAGGUCCUUGACCUGAUAACAUUUUAAAUGGGAAAAAAACCGAACGACCAGGAUCAACAAAUUGCAAUUGAUGGAAACUUCGGGAGCACACUGUACUUAACGGGGCUUAGCGAAAGCUGGGAACCCCCGCACGUGUGUUGCGCCAAGAGAGAGCAUGUGUGUGACAUGGCAGAUGGCGGCGAGGAAGGGCGCAGCUGCCGAUCCCAUGGGGUGAGGAAAUCGGCUCCCGUUGUGGGAGACGGCGUCGAGCGCGUGUCGGUAUACAUGCCGAAUUUCCAGAUCUUUAGUUUCCGUCUCGUCCUGACGGCUGCAGCCGCUACCUCAGAUCCUUUACGAGGGAGAAAAGACAUGAUUAAUAAUGAUGAAUACAUGCGCAACGUAGUGAACCGGAAGCGACGGAUAAACGGAGAGCCAAGAAUCUUCGAAGAUCGACAUGGCGAAAUAUCUGAUGUCUAUUUUGACGUCUGCAUCCCUGAAAGCCUCGCAGAAAGGCGACGAAAGCUGGGCCAGGCUCGAAGCCCAUUAGAUUAACGCUAACUGGAGCCCAGUCUAAGCAAUCUUCGGAGUUCUCUCGCUCUGCUGGAGAGCCACAGCUCCGGGGGGCGAAAUGAGGGGCGAGUCGGGUUGACAAGGGCGAAGUUGAUACGGGAAUACAUACCGAGUGGUGCGGCACGAAUCGAAUCACUGGGAUAUUUUCAGAGUGUCGAUCAGUUUCGGUGCGAUUGAAAUCGAUUAUAGCUUGCGAUUGAUCAACGCUGUUUCACGUGGCUUGGUAAGUUGAACAUAUAGGAAUAGAAAAUUAUUGAACCGUGCAACUGAUUCCAGAAGUUUGUUAACGGUGGAAUUAAACAACAUUCGCCGAAUGAAAUAAAUAAAAAUUUGUAACGAUCGGUGCAGUAAUCGCGUUUGGUUGUAGCGAUCAGACUCGGUUUAUGAGACAAGUCAACGUGGAAGCUCAGAUUUCGAAUGGAAAAUUUCAUGGGAAGUAAAAUUCGGAGUGAAAAUCGUCGCCGGUAAGUGGAAAGCGAUGAAAUUGUUCCUUUGAUACGUUACGACGCGAAGUGAUCCCGUGAUUGUGACACUCCGCACUCGCGGCUUAACAUGUUGGUGUCGGGUUCAAAGGAAAAGUUGCCAGGGGAGAAAUCGAGAAAAGGUUGUUGGCGGUAAUCAGGGCGAUGGAAAAAUUUCGCCUUUGAUGUUUUGCUUCAAGACUGCAGAACGUACCGAGGGAUCUGAAAAGGCGAUAUCAUUACGUGCGGAGUACAUGAAAAAGAUGUUCCGGGAACACAAGAAGUUCACAGCAGUUGUUGACAAUAAUUAGGGUAAUGGAGGAUUUUUUCCUUUGAUAUUAUAUACAUCAGUUUCCUUUUAAGGGUGACUGCUUUCAAUCACGCUAAAUUUGCCGGUGAAUUAUUAUACGAAGCAUGCAGAUGUAAUGUCGAAACGAGAUUCUCCGUGAGGUGAGUUUUUUUUUUUCUUUUUUUUUUUGUAUUCCGUUUCUAUAAUCUCUUCCAAACAUUUUGGUGCAAGAACUGCAAAUUUUAGAAAACUGAUGGCUUUGACGGCUCAAAAUGUAGUAAAAAUUCAA